AUGACUUCACCACAAGGCAUGGCCGCAUAUGCUGCGCCCUCUCUUUUCCAGCCUCACCUCGCCCGUCAGGCCAUUCGAGAUGCUCACAAGAAGAAGAUUCCUCCGUUGUUGGGAUACUAUGGUGGCCUUGGAUCUACUAAAAUCACGCGCUGGCUGGCACCUCUGAACUUUGAUGUUGUCUGGGUCGACUGGGAGCACAGCAGUAUGAACGUAGAGACGAUGACGACCAUUGUUCAUGAGGCCAUUUUCAUGAGUCAAGGCAGGACGAUUCCAUUUGUCAGAGUGCCGGGACACGACCACGCAUCGAUUGGAUAUGCGCUGGAUGCUGGUGCGAGUCUUGUCAUUCCCCAAGUCGAGACUGUUGAGCAAGCAAAGCAUGUAGUAUCGGCAGCCAAGUUUGGAUCCAAGCAAAAUGGCACCCGUUCGGCACCUCCUUUCAGACUUAUGCCUGGUGUUACGGAUAGGCCAUUCCAGGCAGGCAGAGAUAUCUUUGAGGCGCUCAAUGAUCAGGCAGCCAUUAUGAUCCAGAUUGAGUCCCUAGAAGGCAUUAACAAUCUGGACGCCAUCCUCACCGAGGUGCCCGACAUCGACAUGGUGUGGCUCGGAACUCUUGACGCUCGUGUAGAGAUGAACAUGCCAAGCAACUAUGGCAUGGGCGGUAACGAGCCUGAAUGGGUGGAAGCCCGCCAGAAGUUCUUCGAUGUCCUGGACAAGCACGAUAAGCCCUAUGGCGGCUUUGCCUUCUGCACUCCCCCCUUUGGCAGCCCAGAGUCCUUCAAGAAGGUUGCAGAACGCAUGUCCUUCAUCAUCAUGGCAGCGGAUGUAAAGGCACUGGCGGGCAUGGGAGAGGUGCUGCAGCUGUCGCGAGAGAUUGUGGCGCCGGAACCGGAGAAGAAGGUUAACGGAGAGAAUGGGCACAGCAAAACUAACGGUGAGAAGUCAUAG